GAGGCAAACAGGGUGCGUGCGUAGCUCCACUCCGGGUCACGGCUUCCGCUUCGCCGCCUCCGCCGCUGGAAAGCAAAUUUCUAGGGUUCCCUUCUCCUCUCACGGAAAGCAAAAAAUCUGCCGGGGGGAUCAGGAGCUUCUCCCCCGCCUCCUCCGGCGCCACCUCGCCAGCCUGAUUUGAGUAGUCCAUGUCUUCAAGGGCAAGAGGACGUGCACGUCGUGGCCGGGGCCGGGGCCGUGGCAGGUGUUCUGUGGCAGAAAAUGAAAUGGAUCAGCAUGAAACAUCUGCACCUUCUUCGCCGAGUACCACUUCUGAUAGAGAGGACAAUAUUGGGUUCAUUCCCGAACAAGUCCAUGUUGCUUGUUAUGCAGGACAUGCAGAACCUUCAUCCAGUACACUACUCAAUCCUAAGAUUAACCACCGUUCGGAUGCAAUUUUUGGCGACCAGGCCCUGGAGCAGUUGAAGUUGCGUCACCACAAACCCUUGAAAUUUCAUGAGAGGUAUCGUCCUUAUUUGAGGGAUGCUGGAUUGCUUGGUCUCUCACAAAUCUGCCAGAGAAUGCCUCAAUUGGACAAAGCCUUGAUUACUGCUCUUGUUGAGCGUUGGAGGCCAGAGACCCACAGCUUUCACCUGGCUUCUGGGGAGAUGACAGUUACACUUCAAGAUGUUGCAAUGUUGUUUGCUCUUCCUAUUGACGGCCGCCCGGUUUGUUCUAGUACGGAUCAUGAUUAUGGGCAGAUGGUCCUUGAUUGUCUAGGUCAUGAUCCAAGAGGUCAAUCAAUGCCUGGAAAAUCCUUCUUGCAUUACAAAUGGCUGAAGAAGCACUUCUAUGAGUUACCAGAAGGGGCGGAUGAUCAUACGGUACAGAGGCAUGUUCGAGCAUACAUCCUGAGCCUUUUAUGUGGAGUGCUCUUUCCAGACGGGACAGGAAGGAUGAGUCUGAUAUAUCUUCCAUUGAUUGCUGAUCUUUCUCUUGUUGGAACAUACAGCUGGGGCUCCGCAGCCCUCGCAUUCCUCUACCGAGCUCUUUGUUCUGCUGCCUCCUCCCACAACAUGAAGAACAUAGGUGGUUCAUUGCUUCUCUUGCAGCUUUGGAGUUGGGAGCACUCUCAUGUUGGCAGGCCAUUGGCUCGAUCUUCCUUGGUCGUGGAGACAGACAUCCCACAGGACUUGCCCCCAAUUGGCUUCCGUUGGGUGGGUGCUCGCGCACAAAGUGAGAAUGCUACCCGCUGUCUUAAGCAGUACAGGGAUGAGCUAAAUCUGCAGCGAGCAGAUCAGUUGAAAUGGGAACCAUACAUGCUCAUUGAGUCCUCGAGCUUACCACCACUUUGUACAAAAGAUGCUGACCUGUGGAUUACUCAAGCACCAUUAAUAAAUUUUCCUAUUGUUGAGAUGUAUCUGCCUGAGCGAGUGAUGCGGCAAUUCGGGCUUCGUCAAUGCAUUCCACCACCUUUUCGACCUACCCUACAGACAUUGCAUCGUAUUAGUCGACGUGGUAGAGAGCGUGAAAAUUGGGAAGAGACGCAUCAUGAGUAUAUUCAGGAAUGGGAAGCACGGCGACAGCGCAUAUUUCGGGAGGCUGAGCAGUAUGAUUUGUCAUCUUAUGACGAGUAUCUGCAGUGGUACUCUGGAGCUACACGGCGGUAUCUUGUGCCAUCGACCGAUGAUGAUGCUGAAGCAGGACUUUUAUCCCCACCCGAUGAUUCCUCUGAUCUUCAGUACAAAGCCAAGUCUCCUAUGAUCCGCAAAGCGGUUGAUAAGCUGCAUGGUAUGAUGAAGAAGGCCAAAACAGCCAUGGCAUCCACAGCUGAUACAGCCACACAAGCCUUAGUCUUUGAAUUUCUGCAUGGCUUUGAAGAUGUCCUCAGUGAUCUUGGUGAGAUCAAGGAAAGGGGUGGCCCAGAGGCUCCACCUUUUGAUUCAGCUACUGGCUCACAUGGUGGCUCAGCUGCUGGCCAUCACGAGCCUCUACUUUUGCUUGAAGCUGAACAGAACAUUAUAUGUGACAAUCAAGAGGGUGAAUACCAGGAAGAUGAGGACCUUCACACAGUGGAGCAGGCUACGUUGGGCCUCGAACCUAUGGACGAGGUAAACCGCUGUGUCGACAGUUUACUACUGGGAGUGAACGAAAACUGUGACUCAGCUUCAUUAGCCAUUGAGAACUGUGAGGCAGCAGACUUUGUUAUUCUACAGCACACUGAGGAUGUUGAUCACGCUGACGAAAUGGAACAUGGUGCACAGGUGGUCGAACCUAUGUCCACAUGCGAGGAAAACAAUGGUUUCGAUGUUGCACCCUCUCCACAAGAGAGCGCCGAUGUCAAACUGGAAGGUGAUGAUGUAGCAACGGCAGAACACGAGGACGCGGAGGAGGAAAACAACGGCGGUUGUAACGGUGCCUCUUCCUCACACACAUAGUUCAUCUGCCUCGGAGUCAGGAGAGACAUGAUGCGAUUCCAGCUUUGUGUCACAUAUCUAGGGGUUAGAUUGUACUUGAUGCCGCUUUUCGGAGUUUGCCGUGAUUGACGUUUCAUUUUUGCUGACAUUAUUCGGUUUGUUAUGCAGCCUGAUUCAUGGCUGGGAUAAAUAGCUUGUUGAUGUUGGCUAUAAGUGAUUCAAUCCAUUAUUAUUUGUUUA